CUCUGGAAGCGCGCGUGGUCGGUUCGAUUCGGUUUAACGGGGCAUCAAAAGGAGCCCGUUGAUCCGUAUGUAGUAGUUCAGUUGGGAGGCGUGAAGGAUUACACUUUGUAGCAGUCUCAAGUGAUUUUUGGUUGACGCCAAUGUGUGAUAGUUUUUUUUACAGUAGCUUGUAAACGAGUGUCGAAAGGAUUAGAGUAUGAAUGUAAGGGAAAUGCAAACACAUUCUAGGCGCGCCUACUCAAGUUGAACAUCACAGUGCUAAUUCUUUACCAAGUCAAAACAGGAUCUCCACUACGAGAGAUAGCUGUGUAAAGUGCUUAUACACUUUUGGUGACCGUGUGGUUUAAUCGCCCUAAACAGGAGCAGUGUAAAAAUGACGGAUCUCACACUGAACAGUUCGCUGCUGGAGAGAUUUGCGGAUCUUGAAAAUGCAAGCAACACUUUGACGGAUUUCAGCUUGGGAAAUAUAACGAAGGUCAUGGCCAAGCCGUGUGGAAAACCAUGCCAUAUCGUUAUAGGUUUAUCGUACCUUUUCGGCUGCGCCGGUAGUCUGAUAGCGCUCAUUUAUCUCUGGCAGAGAAAAAACGUGCGGAAUACCAAACAUUCCUUAAUGUUAAAAUGUUUACUCACCAACGAUCUGAUCGGAUUAACGGGCAUGUUUGUGCAGAUGUACCUGCAGUCUUAUCUGCCGAAGCAGCUCAUCAAAGAGAACAUGCACUAUUUUUGCAUUUUCCGGGUAGUUUGGCGUGUGUUCGGCAUCAGUUCCGGCUGCGUUGCCUUCGUCAUGGCGCUCGAACGGUACAUAGCUCUUACGAAGCCGUUCUUCUAUCAUAAGCAUGUGUCCGAUAAAAUGAUCAGAAGGUCGAUUUUCCUGCUCUGGGCAAUCGGGGCAUUCUUCACUUUCCUCCCACUGUUUGGCUUCGGAGUCUACUACAAUGAGACCGAGCAGGAUUGUGUCCGAUACAGGGAAGCCACGGACCCGACAGACGUCGCCUACGCGUAUUUAUUCUUCGCAGUUGGAAUCAUACUUUGCAUCGGCAUCGUCAUCUGUAAUCUGAGUGUGCGAAAGGUUUUGUACCAAUCACACCAUAAAAUGCGCCGCCAGUUUCGCUCCGUCCAGCCGACUCCGAUGCUAGAGCGCUCCACAACCCGAAUUUCCCAGAAAUCGGCCAGCUUCACUGAUUCCUCCAUCUUUCGCAUGAUGGGCGAGCCCACGACGGAGGAAAUUCGAUUCGCCAAGCUGAUGACGUUCCUUAGCAUUAGUUUUUUGGCUUGCUGGCUUCCCCAGAUGGUUACGAUACUGUUAUCCCAGCUGCUGGAGAAGAAAUUACAAGCUCGCUUUAGUUGGUUUUUCCGCUUGUCGGACAUCCUAAUUCUGUUACAUUUCAUGCUUGACCCUUACAUCUACGUGCUGCUGAGACAAAGCGGCAGAAGCGACCUUCGGACCAUGAUCCGGUACGUGUUCAGUCGGAAUCAGUUCAACAUCGUGGAAAUGGCCCUAAGUCCCAUACAAAAGUCGAUCAACUCAUCCCCUCUGCCGUAGGCCGGAGUUAACCAAAGAAAAAAAAACGACACUAACCCAAACCAACCGAAAACCAAAUAAACAACCAAAGUCAAGUACACUUGUUUUUACCCAUUUGUCUCCUCUAUCCUAGGUUGGCGUGGCCGGCGCGCAAAGCUUCCGCGAAGGAAAAAGGACGGGACACGGUAACCACUACGGAUACAAGUGACUGACACGGGAAAAAAAGCUUUUCUCAGAAAGAAACAACUUUUUGAAGUAUUUGUUGCUGGUUUUUUGGAUGUAAUUCUGAGCUGCGAAAAAUAAUAGCAUCGAGCAAACAUAUUUUGAUACGAUCCGUAUAUACUCCAUUGCAAUUUAUUGUUCGCUUUGAUGGGAGGAGUUUAAAGUUGUACAGGAGUCAUCAAAACAGAAACUGUGCGUUUGAAUGUGAUCGAACGUUGUCAAACAACAACCACGUUACCAGAUAAAAUGUAUUUUAUAUUA